AUGGACAAUAAAAAUCUAAAACAAGGUGCUAGUGACUCAUCAUCAUCUACAGCAAGUAACACAAAUAAAUCAUCCUCAGUAGAAGCAGGUGCAACAACAGUGGUGAGCAGAAGUGCCACACUGCCCCGACCCGUUCGUCGGGUUAUACAAAAUUUUCUUCUCGUCUGGUUGGAUGCAAAUAUUGAUGAGACGAAAGAAGAUUUCAAAAAUUCAUUGCAACAUCUUCGAAAACUUGUGGCAUCCAUCACAACGUUUAAGGAUCCUCAACAAUGUGUUAAUUUCCUUAGUGAACUUAAAAAAGAAAAGAUAUUUUUCAUUGUAUCUGGUGCAUUAGGACGACAAAUAGUACCAGAAAUUCAAGCAAUGCCACAGUUAGAAACAAUAUAUGUUUUCUGUGACAAUGAAUCAUAUCAUGAAGAAUGGACUAAAACUGUAUCAAAGGUCAAAGGAGUUUAUACUGAUAUUGAAUCAAUUUGUCAAGCACUAGAAAUCGAUCGAGAACGAUGCGAUCGAGCUAUGAUCUCGAUUAGCUUUAAGGGUCUCGAUCCUCUGUUCAUGUAUACACAAUUGUUAAAAGAAACACUUUUAGAAAUCGAAGAUGAUUAUAGACAAUCUAUCAAAGACCUGGCUGAAUAUUGUCGUGAACAGGAUGAUAUUCCUGAAGAUCAAAUUAAACAAGUCGAAAAUGAAUAUCGUAAUCAUACACCAAUAUGGUGGUAUACAGCUGAAACAUUUAUUUAUUCGAUGCUUAAUCGUGGACUUCGACAAAUGGAUGUCAAUAUAAUGCUUAGGAUGGGUUUCUUCAUUCGUCAUCUACAUAAUCAUAUCGCACAACUCCAUCGCGAACAACAAGGCAGCAUGCCAAUAAA